AGUGGUGAAGAUUCCUCUAGUGAGUCUGUUCCAGCUCAUUCCUUAGAAAGGCUGUGGAUGGAGCACCGGAGAAGGGGCCAAUAGAUCUGGGUUUUGUCCAGGGGGCUCUGGGUUUAAAGCUCUCUAAAACCACUUGUAGCUCAUUUCCCCUGUGGCUUGCCUGGGUACAACUUCUUUCUCUGUCCAAGCUGUUAAAAAUCUACAAUUUUAAUCAUAAGAUUCUUUCAGUUGCGUGACAGAUCCAGCCUGUCCUUGAGCAAAAAUGGAAGCUAUCAAGAAAAAGAUGCAGAUGUUGAAGUUGGACAAGGAGAAUGCCAUUGACAGAGCAGAGCAGGCUGAGACGGAUAAGAAGGCAGCUGAGGACAAAUGCAAGCAGGUAGAGGAUGAGCUGGUAGCUCUGCAGAAGAAGCUGAAAGGAACUGAAGAUGAACUGGAUAAAUACUCAGAGGCUCUUAAAGAUGCCCAGGAAAAACUGGAGCAGGCUGAGAAGAAGGCCACUGAUGCUGAGGGUGAGGUGGCAGCUCUGAACAGACGCAUCCAGCUCGUGGAAGAGGAGUUGGACCGUGCCCAGGAACGACUGGCCACAGCCCUGCAGAAACUGGAGGAGGCUGAGAAAGCAGCAGAUGAGAGCGAGAGAGGAAUGAAGGUUAUUGAGAACAGAGCGAUGAAAGAUGAAGAGAAAAUGGAAAUUCAGGAAAUGCAGUUGAAGGAGGCCAAGCACAUUGCUGAAGAAGCCGACCGCAAGUAUGAGGAGGUUGCCCGUAAACUGGUUAUUCUGGAGGGUGAACUGGAAAGAGCUGAGGAGCGUGCAGAGGUGUCUGAAGUUAAGUGUAGUGACCUUGAAGAGGAGCUAAAGAACGUCACAAACAACCUGAAAUCUUUGGAAGCUCAAUCUGAAAAGUACUCGGAAAAAGAAGAUAAAUAUGAAGAAGAAAUCAAGAUUCUCUCUGACAAGCUGAAAGAAGCUGAAACUCGUGCAGAAUUUGCAGAGAGAACUGUUGCCAAACUGGAAAAGUCUAUUGAUGACCUGGAAGAUGAGCUCUACGCUCAGAAGCUGAAGUACAAAGCCAUCAGCGAGGAGCUCGACCAUGCCCUCAACGACAUGACCUCUUUGUGACGUGCCCCCGUGUGGGGACACGGGGAACUCCCUCUCACUGUGUUUUCUCCAGCUUUUCUUGCCUGUAAUCCCUGUCACUCCUGUGCCACCUCCACCUCUGUGGGAACUGAGCUCAAUAAAACAUGAUACCUCUA